GCAGAUUUUGACAGCUACAAACUCAUCGCCGCGAACGGGUCAGCAAACGAGAGCAGCUCCGUCGUCGUCUGUCGUACCAAAAAAAUCGAAUAUGGCUGCCGUGGUGUUGAAAAAAUUCGCAACGAUCUCGAUUCUCGGUUCUAUUUGUGCGCUAAUCGGUACGAAACGGCAAUUCUAAACCCACUGUUAAACGCGUCGCGAGUUUGUCCGUACGGGAGUGCAAAAGUCCAGAUUCGAGCUUCGCCGGAAAACGGUGAAAAUUGCCAAUCAAAUUCGGGCCCCUGGCUGAGCCUUUUUCUCCUGCUGACAGAAUUCGGUACUUUCGGUUCGGAUCGUCGGAAAUCCGUUUUCUUCGUGCGGUAAAGUUUACUCGUUUGGACUCUGUUUAUCGGUGAAAAGCAGAAAAAACGGAUCGCAGGAAGAUUGGCGUGGCCACAGUUUGGACGAAGGGACAAUCUCGCAAAGGAAGGGCGGAAGGCAGGAAACUUAGAAUCCGGAUUUCUACGGGAGCUGUGUUUGGAUUUUGGGAAAACAGAAUCUUUUUGGCGAAUCAUUGUCCCACGACGGAACUGUUCCGGAGGGCCGUAGAAAGCAGGGGGCUUCCGUGUAUUUCCUACAGAGUGCAGAAAAUUUAGGUUUGUGUCCACUUUCUCGAAAAGUGCAAUCACCGCAGAACCGCCGCAGCCGUGCAAUUUUUGUGCGCAAGUGAUUAGCGAACGGCAGAACAACCCAAACGUGCGGUGCGGCAGUUUAGCGACACAAUCAGAAAACCGCAUUUAGCAGCAGCAGAAAAUUUGACCACUUUGGUGGUGUCGGCAGAAGAGCAGAAAAAAAAACGAAGUCACAAGAAAAAAAAUUGCGCGAUGAACGGAAGAAAAUUCCGCUGAAGAGCAGCAGAAGCAAAAGCAGUGUGUGAGAAGAAGAAUAACAAUAUUCAUCGAAGCAAACACAACAGCAACAGAAAAGAAAAAAGAUCGCCGUACGACGAGAGACGAGAGAAGAGCGUGAAGUGCGAUUAUUUUUUGACAGUUCGCCGAGCGUUUGCGACUUGCGUGUGAAUUUGUGUGCGUCUCUCUUUCUCUCUCUCUCUCUCGCUCUCCAUCUCCCAACAAUCCGUGUCUGCGAUAACACAACAAACAACAACAAAAACAAAGCGAUUUCGAGUGCGACGACUGAAAAAGUCAAAAGUGAAAAAGGAAAAUCCGCGAGGGUAUUCUGUGUGUGAUUCGAUUUUUCUUGUGUUUUGGGCAGUGUUUUGUGGGGAAUUUGUGUGAUGUUUUUGCGAUAAGCUGGUGUGGGAUCGUGUGUAUUUUUUUUUCGUGCAAGAGCAGAUCGCUAAUUCGAUUUAUCGCCGUCGAAAAGUUUUGGGCCGGCGUUUUGCAACGGUGGAUUCUGUGAACUAUUGAACCAGAUAUUACCCAGUAUUUGCUUGCCGAGUGUCCGCGAGUGUGUGCUAGUGCGCGUGUAUCUGAGUGCUGCGUGGGGCUGUGUAGAGUGUGUGGGAUCGCGUGAACGCGAGUGAAUUUUUACCCCGACCCGGUUGCCUAGAAAAUCGGCAAAAAUUCCGAAGAAUAAGAAGAAAAGUAUGGCCGAGAACUCCGUCAGUAACAGUCUACCGUCGUCACAGCAGCAGCAUCCAAAGACAGCAAGUCGCGGGGGUGGAGGAGGAGGAAGUGUGCUACAUCAUCAUAACAAAUCCCUAGACAUGACGGCAUCCGGCGGUGGCGGCGGCAGCACAACGACAACCUCCAGCAAAGGGGGCGGUAAGCACUCGAAUGUUAUUCACCGAACCACAAGCGAAAGCUUACGACUAGGUGGGGGUCCGGGGAGUGGCGGGGGAGGUGGAGGAGGGGGAGGUGGAGGAGGGGGAGGAGGAGGAGGAAGUAGUGCGAAUGAUAGUUCCAUAAGCAGUUCGGCUUCACCAUCUUCCCUGAUGAACUCGUCUGGGUCGAUCAAUAGUAUCUCGAGGGCAAUUGCUGCGGCCACGGCUGCGGUCACCGGGAAGACGUCCUCGUUUAUGAUCACAUCGGUAACGGUUGGCGCACGAACCAGCGCUGACAACGGGGAUGACUCGGCUGAUGACCUUGACGAAUCCCACACGGAUGAUAACAGCCGAAUAACGGACUUUGAGAACGAGACACCAUCGUUCUCCGAGGACACGUUCAGCAAAGAGGACGUAUUUUUCGCUUCGAACGCAAUUGGAAGCGUUCCAGUCAUUCCGACGAGCUCUCAGUACGGGUUAGCUAUAGUGGCACCAACAGAUCGUGCUCAUGGUGCAGAAGCUCUGGCAGAUGCGAUGCACGUUAGCGUUACGGAUGCAGGAAUUAAUAUAAUGGGACACGCCAAGGACGAUGGCAAAGAUCCCCACCAUAGAAAUGAACGAUUCAAAGUGGUAAAAAUCGAAAGUACUGAACCGUUCAAGCGUGGCCGCUGGGUAUGCAUGGAUUACCUGGAUCACAGUACGCUACAAGCUUCACCAAAGGAGGGAGCUGCUGGACCCGUAUCUUCUGGUGAAGGAGAAUCGUCAACGACUUCCACGGUUGUUGAUUCCAACGCCAUCCGAACUCAGGAUAGCGGAGUGGUGCUGAAUGAUAACUACGCAUCAAACGCAACUUCAAAUGCAGUCGACGGCGAUAAUUCUGACUAUCAUACUCAUCUAGCUGCCAGCGUCCCAGCUAACUCUAUCAUAGGUCUACUAAAUAAUGAAUCUCCAGGGCAAAGUCUUAAUCUAACCCAACCGACGAUCGGAACGCCAGGUGGCGGAACCAUUCCUCAAUCUCAGCAAACUAGUCAUGCUCAAUCUUCAGCAGUGUCGCAUAGUUUACCGCAAGCUCAGCUUCAAAACGCCCUAGCCGGUGCCGCUGGCAAUGCGUCAGUACCAGUUUCAGCUGCACAGUCACAAGGACAAUCCCAAUACUAUCCUCACACCAUGUCUAACAUGGCAGACAUAACCCAACAGCAGCAGCAGCAACCGCAGCCACAACUUCAACAGCACCAUCAACACGGUGUCACUCUGCCAAGCAACAUUCAGAUGCAACCGCAGCAAACCAACAGUCCAGCUUCCGUAUCGUCUACCGUUCUUCCGCCAGCGGGAUCCGUUCCGACUACAUCACAGGAAAUGAACAUUGUCAUUGCUAAUCCUCAGCACCCGCAAUCCCAGCAAACGAGCUUCCCCUCUCCUCAGCAGUUUCAACAAACCUCUCAAACUAAUUCUCCAGUCGUGGCCAGUAUCGGUGAACCGGUUUCCUCGGAUUCGGUCAUUCUAUCGCCGUCUUCUUCCAUGGCGGCUACCGCUGGCACAGUUUCGACCACAUCGGUGGCCGGAAACCUCUCCUCCCAGCAGACCGAUUCAGCUGGAUCUUCUAUUCCAACGGCAGCCUCGUCGGAACCGCUCGUAACUCCCUCGGCAUCGACCACGUCAUCUCCCGUAACGGCCACCGCCGUAAACAGUGACAGCAGCGGAACCACCGCAACAGUACCGUCAUCAAUGGCCAGUUCUACGCCGACUUCGGCAGCUACAGCAGUCGCCGUUAGUUCCCCAUCUAUGUCGAGUUCGACAACGGCUGCAGCUUCCGCCACAACCACCACCAGCAAUAGCAGCAGCAGUCAGCAACAUCAUCAUCAUGCUUCGAUAGCCGCUGCCGCCGCCGCCGCUGCGGAUCAUCUGUCGGAGUCAAAUCUACUGUCGGCCGUGGCUGGAAUUACCGCCGCAGCAGUUGCCGGAACCGGUGGCGAGGAUGGCGAAAAAACCGGCGAGGACGGAGAAAGCUUGGGCCGGAUACAACCGGUAGCAGUGGCGUCGACCGAUUGGUUUGGACAGGACGUUCCACCGGCUGAACCGAAUCGCGCAGGCGAAUCGCUAAUCGAUCAGCAGGCUGGCAUCCGGCAACCACUGCCCUUGUCGUUGACCAGUAGUCUCCAGCGAGAUCUACAGCAGAAUAUACCACUAGAUCGGACUAGAAUUCCCAGUAGUAGCGCUAGUAGUAGUACUUCCAAGAACACCAUCUACACCGACAUUGCCCUCGGUCGAUCCAUACAAAACGUGAUGCGUCCGUCGUCGAUCGGAGGUUCUCGCUUUGCCAUGCCUACGCCCUCGUCAACCCAUCCGGAAUAUCACCACCAGGAUGAAGUGCUUUGCAAGACUGCUUCCAAUUUCCUUAAGAGCGGUGGUAACAGCCACAGUAUUGCCAGCUGCACCGCCCAAUAUCCACACAGAUGUGUUCAGGACUUGAUCAAAGAAGAACUCGGUGCUUAUGGUGGAACGGGCGGUACAGGACACCUUAGCAAUGCCGGUAGCUUGGUGAACAUCCACAUCGAAUCGGACUUCCAUCCAUACGGUGGUAGCCCAGGAGCUGCUGGUGGAUUCCAGUCGAACCCCGGUUCGGGACGGACCAGUCCUUCUCACCAGAUGUUCCAACACGGAUCGCCCCCGAAACACCUCAGCGCGAUUGGCCACUCGAUAAGCAUACCAAACAGUACCCGAGUUAGCCGAGCUCCGUCGCCUUCGUUCCUGCACGCAGUCGCAGCCGGAGAACAUCCAAGUGCAUCUGGGACCAGUGCAGUCGCGAUUGACAACAAGAUCGAGCAAGCUAUGGAUCUUGUCAAGUCCCAUUUGAUGUUCGCCGUCCGCGAGGAGGUCGAAGUGCUGAAGGAAAAAAUCUCCGAACUCAUGGACCGCAUCAACCAGCUGGAGUACGAGAACAACAUCCUGAAGCAGAACGCCUCGCAGGAAACGCUCUCGCAGUUGACGACCGGUGGAGGCGGAGCAAGCAACACCUCGACAACGGCAGCGGCGGCGGCAGUGGUGGCAGCAGCGGCCGCAGCUGCAGCAGCAACAGCGGCAGCGGCAGCCUCGGCCAGUGCACCCUCAGCGACAGUCCCGGCCAGCAAAGGUCCCACCAGUGCGGCGGCCAAUCCCAGCUCGAACGGUUCCGUUUCCUAGAUGUUCCGCCUAGACGCGCCCUCACAACACUACUCGCUACUACUACUACUAGCUGCUUUUUAUGAUAGUACUAGGAAAGACGAUAACUCGCUACGGGGUGAGAAUGCAAGGGUGCGGCCGAUUGUAGGAAUUCCGGAAGUCGAAGCUGGCCACAGACACGAGGACCUGGCAGCAAAGGACGAGAGUAGACAGAGCCGCACACCGAGUCGCACACCCCCGACCACACCACGAAAUGCACCUUGAAGGCGCAGGGCGACGAUCUCGACAGUCCGCGCAAUCACCUAGCAAACCAAUAUAAAACAAAGGAAAUUAACAGUAUCUAAUCAAGCAGAAGAAACAGAACAAACAACCAAGUUAAUCGUAAUUUGCUAGCAUUGAGAGGUAAGAAACUUCGUUCAUUCUCAAAUUCCUAAUAAGCUAGAAUUUUAUUUUAGAAAUGAGUCAAAGAUGAGCAAAUUUAGAAACAGAGACCGUGUUAAGCGACGCCAAAAUGGGGACAAACCGCACUAAUGCUUAAAAAGGCAGGCAUAUAUUUUUUUUCGAAUUAAGGUAGAAAACAAAUUCGUGGCAAUUGUAUGAAAUACAUUGGAAGCUCCUCGAAAAUAACCACCCCUAUGUGUACUACUCCCCAUCACUCAAUGGAAAGGAUUGCAUAGUGAAUGGCGGUCCGUGGCAAACCGUAACUACUCGAAAUGUCGGAGUUCGCCUAGCGGAACUAAGAUGUUGGAAACUGUGAUUUAAUGCAAGUUCUGGCAGACACAGAUGUUACACACAGCAAAUUUUAUAUGACCGAAUCAAGUCGCUUGAAAUUUUUCUCAGCAGCUGUGUAACAUAUGUGUCGCUUAGACUGGCAGGAUGGAAGAAACAUCUUCAAUAGAUUCCCUAACCUUUGAAAUGGAAUAGGAGCUGUUCGCUUUGAAUUUUCUUAUUUAAUGGGCAGCUAUUCAUGGAACCAGUGAACUACAAUUAUGAUAGUUCGGCUGUCAUAUUUCUGAAAGGAAUAUUCACUAUCUUUAGUCCAUGUUUCGGGUAAACAUUUAUUCGACAAAACUUGGAGUUCUAGAAGUUGGCAAUCUGAAUUACACUAAAAAUUAAUUGUUACCAUUUUUUCUUAUCGAUUGCCCCGCAAAUAGUUGAAAAUCAGCACAUAAUGUUGUGGUAACUUUUAUACAACUGAAUAUAGUUGUAUAAGAGUUAUCACAACCUUUAUGCUUUGUUUUCGGCCCCAAUUGAAUUUCCUUUCCUUGCACAAUUACACUCACGUAUUAUAAUACAAAAACCACACAACAAAACCACGAAUUAAUUGAGGGGAAAGGCGACAAGCUUAGUUAGAAAGAAGAUGAAGAAGAAACAAAGAAGAAAGCAACCCAAAAUGUGAUUCUAUUGUACAUAUACAUAAAUGAUAGUUUACAUAAGAGAAGAGACACGAAUUAUCUGAGCGGAGUGGAUGGGUGUGACAGUGAUACUGGUAUGCUGCAACUGAAAAUGAACACUUAUUAGAACGCGCAAGUUGGUUUCCAAAUCAGAGAGAUAUUAGCCGAAGUUUUCUCGAACCCCCAUUUUUGCUUCUUAUUUUCACUCGAGCGGGGUCUCAAGUCCGGGGUUCAAAAGCGAGCGAACGCGUAUUUUUUUUCUGCAUGAUUCCAUCGGCGUGCUUGAGCAAGCAAAGCAAGUUGUAAAUAUUUCCGUAAAAGUGAUCGAACGAUAAAUACUGAUUGUGUGAGUGCUUCUGAGGACCCUGGAAAAUGAUCCCUUUCGAGAAUUGCUUGCGUGCGAUUAACAAAUCUUGAGAUGCCAACGAACAUAGUCACAAACUGAUGAUAGAAUAACACAAUUGGCCCAUCCUUCAAUCGUUUGGAAGCAUCUUCCUAGCUUCCAUAGCCUUUUGGGGGUGUUAAAGUGCAACCGUUGGCUGUUUCUUUCGUGACCGUGCACAGGUUGGGAUCUAAGAUCCCAUCUUUUCGGCAAGGCCGAAAGCGAAAGCACAACGGUUACAACAUGAUAAUGGGCAACAACCAACAGAAACGGAACCGAUGGAAACAAUCAGGGAAAGCUAAUAGUUGUUUGAAUUUGAUCUGAUGGAACUGAUGAGCAGACAUAAGGAACCAAUUUACUUCAUCCGUUGAUGAUGAUGAUGAUGAUGAUGAUGAUGAUGAUGAUGAUGAUGGAGAUGCAGGUGUUUAACAGGAUGAAAAUUGGUAGCAUGAUUGCUGUGAAUAGUUUGUAAGACACAACAGUGCGUUUCUUUUAUGAUACCGAGGAACUGUUGAUAGGCUGUUAAGGAAUAUCUUGUUUAUUUUUGUAGGAUUUUUGUUCAAUUUCCUAGUUGAAAACGCAAUUAUUUAGUCAGUCCUAUUUAUUAUUUUGUAUAUU